ACUAUGUCCAAGCUUUCAAGCUUCCUCUCGCCGUGUCUCUUGGUUUUGUUUCUGUUCCUCCGGCGAUGCAUCGCCGACGUCGGCACCGCCGCCUUCUACGCCCCGCCGUACAUCCCGACGGUUUGCUACGGCGAGGAAACCGGCGAGUUCCCUCCGGGCAACCUCUUUGCGGCUGCCGGGGAGGCGAUAUGGGACGGCGGCGCAGCCUGCGGGAGGUUCUACAUGGUCAGGUGCCUCAGCUCGGCGUCGCCGAGGGCGUGCGUCGCCGGCGGCUCUGUCAGGGUGAAGAUCGUCGAUCAGGGGAGCGCGCUCGGGUCGCCGCCGUCGAAGAACGGCACGACGAUGGUGCUGUCUUUGGAGGCGUACCGGAGGAUAGCCAGCCUCAGGGCUGCUUCUGUGAACAUCGAAUUCAUGGAGUCAGACCUUUAAUUUAAUUUGAAUGCGAAGAUUAAUAAAUCUGCUUGCACAAGGUUUGAUCUGAAACUUGGAGAUUUCUGAAAAAGAUUGUAAA